CAUGCUUCUAUCUUGGAGAGACAGCAAAUACCAGCCUGUACAGCUGGUUAGUCAGAGUGUGGAACUCCGGUGCUCUAUAGAUUCGAAUCGAUAAACACCGACUAGAAACUUGAAGAAUACGACUUUAAACCAAAGGAACGUGACCUGUAUGAAAACCGAACCCGAACUUUAAUUUCCCAGACUGUGAACGACAAAGUUCAGUUUUAAUGGUACAGCGAGCUACAUUAAGCUACAUUAACGACUACUAAAAUGCGACUUUGUCGACGUGCCGUGCGUUUCUCCUGCGAUCAUUCGAUAUUUUUAGAUUUUGAUACCGAACUAUUUCGUCCUGGAUCUAAUGCGAUUCGACAAAGAAGUUUUAUCACAACAUGCCGUUUUAACUCUUCUUUGCAAAACACCAUCAGUUGUUAAGCUUAAUGAUGUUCGUACAUUAAAGAUUAGCGCAAGAGUUCUGUCGUUGAAUAGUGAAAAUGAAUAACCUGUAAUUAUGUGUUGGAUUUUGAAAGCAAACUGAACUCAAUCUCAGCAUAAGUUGACUAACUCUUAACUAUCAGUCUGUCUUAUUGUUCAUUUUCCUUAAUUUAAGCUGAAUGCAUCAUGAAUAGAAACUUUUGCAAAUUGACUGUAUUACAUCCGUACCCAUUCACCCUCCUAAAUUACUCGUGAAAAAAAGACCACAAUAUCAUGGCACCUCCCAGCACACCUGGUAAAGGUGGUGUUUGGAAUCACAGGAUUCUUCCUGUUAUUAUUCCUUGUAUUCAGUGUUCUUAUGUCCAUCUGUAUAAGAUGGCAGAGGGGAAAAGGAGCCAGGUUGUUCUUUUAGAUAAUCACAACUUGGAUAUAUUGAUACAGCCCAAGCUCUAUGCUGGAGAACUCUUAGACAUGGUGGCAUCACAUUUUAGCUUAAAAGAGAAAGAGUAUUUUGGUUUAGCGUUUCUUGAUGAUACGUAA